ACGUCAUGUACAGCUGGGCAUCAUCUCGGCUGUCUACCCUAGCACUCGAGCCGGAAGAAUUGGGGUAACUACUGGGAUGGCCUGCAUGUCCCAGAGGUUUUAUCAACUCUGUUCCCCCCUCUCCUCCUUGACGCAGAAUUUGACCUUUUCGACCACCGCAUAGACAGCUUCACUGCCCGUCUCUGAUCCGUCUGCCCACGAUCAAUUAUGCGUUUCACCUCGGUCAUCCCGCUCCUGGCGGCCUCUGCCGCUGCCACUCUGCACGAGCUCGCUCUUGAGGCGGGUCUGGAGUACUUUGGCGCCGCUACCGAUGCCCCUGGUCAAAGAGAACGAGCAGGUUUGAACGCGGCCUACCCUCAGUACGAAGCCGUUCUGCGUGAGGAGUUUGGACAGACGACUCCAACCAACGGACAAAAGUGGCUGUUCGUCGAACCCUACCCCGGAGUUUUCAACUACACCGAAGGUGAGAUCAUCUCCGCCGUCGCCGCCAACAACUCCCAGAUCCUACGCUGCCACGCUCUGGUCUGGCACUCGCAGCUCGCCCCCUGGGUCGAAGCCAAGACGGACUGGACUCCCGAGACCCUCCGGGCCGCCAUAAUCCGCCACGUCAGCACCGUGGCGGCACACUGGCGCGGCCGCUGCGCCCACUGGGACGUGGUCAACGAGGCUCUCAACGAGGACGGGACGUACCGCGAGUCCGUCUUCUACCGCGUCCUGGGCGAGGAGUACAUCAAGCUGGCGUUUACCGAGGCGGCCAAGGCGGACCCCGAGGCCAAGCUCUACUACAACGACUACAACCUCGAGUCGGUCGGGCCAAAGAGCGAGGGGGCGAGGAGGAUCGUCAGGAUGCUCAAGGAGGAGGGGAUCAAGAUUGACGGCGUCGGAAUGCAGGCUCACCUCAUCGCACACAACGCUCCCAGCUUGGAUCAGCAGAUUGCCGUCAUCGAGUCGUACGCCGAGGAGGGUGUAGAGGUUGCCAUUACGGAGCUCGAUGUGCGUCUGCAGCUGCCGGCCAACGAGACAAACCUGGAGCAGCAAAAGCAGGUGUACAAGAACUCCGUCGGUGCUUGUGUCCAGGUCAAGGCCUGCGUCGGCAUUACCCUCUGGGACUUUUAUGACCCCUUCAGCUGGGUUCCCUAUGUGUUCGCUGGAGAGGGUGCGGCGCUUUUGUGGUUUGAUGACUUUUCCAAGCACCCUGCCUACGAUGGUGUGGUUGAGGCCUUGACCAACGGUACCAAAUGUGAGAAGAGCAAGAGGAAGCGAUCUCGCAUCGAACGCGCAAAGCUGUACUGAAGGUUGAGCUCGUGGCCAUGUAGUGGUAUCCAAGCAACCUAGACAAUUACGGUACUGCGAUUGGUUAACAUCUAAUAUCGCCUUGUGAAAUCCAGCAGUCACCAUAACUAAGUGGGCAUAAUGUAUAGAUACCUAGACUAGGCACGACUCUCAAUAAAGCACAGUGUACAUCUCAA